UUGGGUUUGGGUGGAGUAAAGUUGGAUGUACUAUACCAUUUUUUUUCUCUCAAAUUAGCCAGGAUACGCUACAAUGUCAUAGCAGCAAGAUCAUAAGAAUUGUAAAAGAAACCUGAUUUUAUCAUAGAACACGAGCAUUGAUAUAUCGAUAAUGGGCGAUGUAAGUGAAGAAUCGUUGUUGGAUUAUUUCUACUCAGCCGGAGGGAAAGUAAAAAAUUCAGAUUUAAUGAAAAAAUACAAGCCUUUUAUUGGUCACAAGGACAUGGAGCUGCGUGCCAAAUACAGAGAGGAGUUCAAACAGAUCAUCGACAGGAUUGCUGUUGUGAAAUCAGAGAAUGGUGAGAAGUACCUAGUUCUGAAGAAGAGAUACCGGCAGCAGAAGCAGGACAGUGAGACAGAGCCUGGGACAGACAGACAGGCCAGCCCAUCGGCCUCAGCCCAGUGGGAUGGGUCAGGGGUCUCGUCUCUCUCCAGUGCCCAGAUGGAACCAUACCUCCAGCCUGAACCGGCCAAGCGGGCAGAGGAGAGGAAGCCUUCCCGGGUGACGUGGUGUGGAAGAGGCCCCAGCAUUACUGUCACAGAGGCACCCGAGCAGGAGCACAUGCAAGAGGAUCAGCACACUGAGAGAAAACCCUCACCGUCUGUUUCAGAGGAACCCCUUGUGCACAGCAAAGUGGAGAAUGAGCCAGACAGAGACUCAGGGUCAAAGUCAGAGUCCGAAGAGCAGGAAGAGGAGUGUACGGGCAGUAUGGGCUCCACCCCAGUGGCUCUGGACCCUGUGGAGAAGGAAUGGAUCUACUCUGCUGCAUGUGGCUGUCUCUCUGACCUCGCCCAGCUGCUACAACAGGAGCCCUCCCUGGCCAACAAGAAGGUCUGGGUGCCAUUUACAGCUCUACACUGGGCAGCCAAACAUGGCAAAGAGGACAUGGCUGCCAUGAUGGCCAAUGCAGGGGCUGACGUCAACACUAAAUCUCAUGGGGGCUAUACACCCCUGCAUAUUGCAGCAUUGCAUGGCCAUCGAAACAUUUUGGAGCUGCUCAUUGGAACAUAUGAUGCGAAGGAGAACCUCCGGGACUACAGUGGCCAUCUUGCAUGCCAGUACCUGAACAUCAGGGAGCCUACAGAGGAUGACAGAGCAGCUCCAGAAGAGAUACAAUUCCCUGAGUUCCAUAUGGCCCAGGCCAGAGACCGCAGCAGGAACAGGAAGUUGACCUCGUUGUUCCAGUCCAAGAAGAAGUGGGGCUCAGCAGAGGAGCUAGCCCCUGUAGAGGAGGAAAAGGUGGCACUUGCACCGCAUCAACUCAUCGUCCCCGCAUUCAGACCCAGGAAAUUCUCACGCUGAGAAAGUAGGUAACCAAAUGCCCCAACAUGCAUUGAUGACAUAAGUACAUGUUCAGUCAGUGUAUGUUUAUUUGAAUUUGAAUAUAUGCUUUUAUGGUAUGUAUGCUUGUGUGUCUCGUGCCUUCAGAAAGUAUUCAGACCCGUUUACUUUUUCCACAUUUUGUUACAUUAGAGCCUUAUUCUAAAAAUUAUUAAAUCGAUUUCCCCCCCUAAUCAUCUACACACAAAACACCAUAAUGACAAAGCAAAAACAGGUUUUUAGAAAUGUUGCAAAUUUUUAAUUAAAAAAACGGAAACAUCACAUUUACAUAAGUAUUGAGACUCUUUACUCAGUACUUUGUUGAAGCACCUCUAGCAUCGAUUAUUCUUGGGGAUGACGCUACAAGUUUGGCACACCUGUAUUUGGGGUGUUUCUCCCAUUCUUCUCUGUAGAUCCUCUCAAGCUCUGUCAGGUUGGACGGGGAGAGUUGCUGCACAGCAAUAUUCAGGUCUCU